GUUCUCGCCAUGGCGCUGAAAGACGUCCGUACGUGAGACAUUGAUGUGCCGACCACAGACGACGCUGUGCGGACUGACAAGCGGACUCAUGCAGACUCGCUGCUACUCUGGACCCUUUUGUAGCUCGGGUGAGGCCAGCAUUUCGGAGCAUAAUUCGAGCCCGGUCUCGGAAGACGCGCGCUCUCAGUCUGCAACCGUUUCACCGAGCCCGCUCAGCCUAGCAGCGCACGUACGUGGAAUGAAUGAGUGGAGCGGACAGCUUCUUGGCGCAUUGCAUGGAGAUGAGAGAGGCAAGCUUGGAUGCACUUGCGAGAACUGACUGAAGCCGGAGAAAGCGCACUAGCAAGCCCGCAAAUCCGGAUCCGAGACCUCCUUUCUCGAACGGAGUCAGAUGUACACCUCGUGCUGCACCAUCACUCCACAUAUCCUGCUCGACACACGGUCAAACAUGACUUCCAUUGAAAGGUGACGGUGUUGACCGGGCUCGCAGCAGUCUGUGGGACCAAGGGUGAUGAUCAGAGGUUGCGCGUCAAACAGUACCUUGGCGCCUCAUCCCCUUCCGGCAUAUCCCACACUCUCCACACGCCAUACCUUGUCCUCCAGCGCAGAACCAAUCGUUGCAUCAGCCUCCGUCUAGGGUGGUUGUCGGAGCCGCCUCUCUUCCUCCGUCUUGCCAAUGCAACCUCUCCCGAUCAUUAUUGUGGGUUAAGUACCCUGCGAGGGAUGGUCAACUCGCUUGGCAUACGUGGGAUGCCCUCGCAACGGAGACGGCUGUCCUCACUUAAAGGCGGACCUCGACGGGGAUGAACCCCUCCCAAAACCUUUCGUGUCCAUCUCCUACACCGACCUUCUCUCAAUCCCGCGACCUCCCUUUCCGCCCAUCUCUUCCAAACUUCGCUUCUCACUUUCACAGCUGAUCCGCCAAAUCACAGCUGCGUCUGCCUGCCGUGCAGAUUGAAAGACACCAUUUCCAGGAC